GCCUGAUGGCUGUCGGCUGGGCGGAAUUGUAGAAGCAAAGGUAGACAGAGUUUCGCUGGCCAAGGUGUUAGCUCGUAGAGUUUUGGGAAAACCACGGCUUACUCCACUUGAUCACCACAGCUCGCUUCGACCCGAGCCGAAAUGCGGGGGAUACUAAGUGUACGCUCGAUCGCAAUCAAGCAUGCUUGUUUCUGUCCACCUGGAGUCUAAAAUCAACCAGGACACAGUGCUGGGACACAUACCGUAUGUCGCAUGAUGGACGGCGUCGCAGUCAAAAUUCGCCAAGGGGAGCCUGACGACGUGCCUUGGGUCAUCGCACUUUCGGUCAGGGUGCAGGAGGCACUGACAUCGUCUGGCAGCAAACAAGUCAUCGGCCCUCUCCAAGUGGGCAUGGUCGAAUCCGCCAUUUCAGCACGAUGUUGUUAUAUCCUCUCACUCGAAAGCACAUCAGACCGCCUCGGCUCGGUCAUCAUCAUGCCUCUCCCUCACGACCACUUGUACCACCAACAGUUGGGCGCCGACACUAUGAAGGAUUUUUCCAAGCCGCAUUGGGUGCUCCAGUCCCUGAUGCUAGAACCAGAAUGGCAAGGGAAGAGAAUCGGAAUUCGGUUUCUUGCCGGCGUGGCAGGGCUCAUGGGUCCGGAGUUGGGCACCAUCUUCCUCGAUUGCUGGGAAGGUAACACGAAGCUGCAAAGUUUCUACUCGCGUGCCGGGUUCAAGCAUCUGGGGACUGUUCCUGAGAAUGACUACUAUGUCGCAGUGUUUGCCAAGGAGAUGUGUCGUGAAGACUGAGUUGGCCCCAGUCUAGGUAUAGAAGCACUGGAAGAAGAAAAAACACAAGACCAGGUUGAUCACAUGCAUCAUCCCGAGUCCCAACCCCAACCCCCAUUCCCGCGCAGCC